AUGUUUUGGAGUGUAGAGAAACCUCUCGCAUUACGUCAGUCACUAGAAUCCCCAAAUGGUUCGGGCAAGUUCCACCAGCCUAUGGCAAAUCAAGUGUUAUUCGUUAGGCUUUUAUGGCGAUCCGAUGCCAGUCUUUUAUUCCUCGGUCUAGAAAAAGGUGCACGGAAGGCGGUCUGGACUGAAGGGAAGAUAAAUUCCAAAACUCGGGCAUUUCGGGCAGUAGAAGUUGACGGAAAUACGGUGAACUCGGUACACGAGCAGAGCGUUAAUACUCGGCGGUGGUCCAAAUAG